AUGAAUUUAAAAAGUACUCUGGACAACUUGAAUCAAGCAGCCACGGCUAUGGAGGCUUCUGAAAUCAACUCUUCUAACGAAAAUAAUAAACAUGACAACUCUCGGCUCACUAAAAGCAAAAAAGUCAAAUGGUCGUCUGAUUCCGAAUUAUUAUUGCUUGCAUUUUUGGACCUACGUAUAGAAGACGUAAAUCAAUUAAAAAAGCGAGGGUUUACGGCAAAUAAAGUCAAACGAAAAUUGUGGAACGAUGCGUCUAUGAUGUUAAAUUACGAAUUUUCUGCAAAACAAUGUGCGAUUAAGUGGAAGAAUAUUAAGCUAUACUCAAAAAAAAAUUCUUAA